UAUUCUGUACAUACCAAGCCAAGCCUCACAAUGCUGCAUUUAUUAAAACAAGUGGCUUACCCAUUUGCAGUGAUGUCGCUGUUCCCAGACCUCUCUCUCGGUGGUGGAGUCGCUCAGUGAGGCAGUGCAGCACUCAGACGGCUCUGAUGGCAGAGCGGGGCAGGUGGACUGAGUGAGAGGAGAAACCAACAUCACCUGUUUGGGAAAUCUAGAGCAACGGAGGACAAAAAAAAGAAGGAGCAGAGUCUUUGGAGAGCUGAGGUCUCGCUGUGUCUACCCACCCACUCACCCCACCCUAGUCUCUCUCAUAUGCACAGACACACUCUCCCAUCUCCUCUCCCUUCUUCCCUCCCUGUUUGUCUCCUCCGCUCUCCGAGGCUGGUGUGGUGAACAGCAGGACACUCUCGGCUGAGCUGCAUGGAGGCACAGGGAGGGGCCGGGAGCCCAGAGCCCAAUAAAGAUAUCCAGAAGCUGCUGAAGCCCUCCAGCUCAGGUGACCUAUCCAGGGAGUGUUUCCACCACCCAGCAGGGGAGGAGGAGGAGGGUGGCCUGUCAGGGCACACUGCAAGCCUGCUGCACAUCACAGAGAAGAGACAACCACUGAGUAGUGUGUCGUCUUUGGAAGUGCAUUUUGACCUUCUGGAUCUGACUGAGCUGACUGACAUGUCUGACCAGGAACUGGCUGAAGUCUUUGCUGACUCUGAUGAGGAGAGCCAUGAGUCACCAGUUCCCACCAGCCUGUGCUACCCAGAGGUGGGUACAUGCGCUCCCCCUCGUGGACACGCUGCAGAAAAGUUGAGCCACCACGUGAAAGAAAGCACCACAGCGACUCGGACACCGCAGAGCCCUUAAUGAAGCUGGAGAGACCGAAGCAGCCAUGAUUCUGAUCUGAAAGAGCUGGAAUGCAGAGAGAGAAAACCCAGAGCCAGACAGACACAGCCAGAGCGGGAACACAAAGUGGACCAAAAGGCCCCCAUCUGCCGUUGAGCACACACAUAACGUUUCAUGGUGCUGAGUAGACGAGUUCAGGUUGAGCUCUGGACAAUGUGCUAUAUACUCUUAAUAAAGAUGUUGAGAUGUUGUGCAAUACACACACCCUCUCCUCCUCUCUCCUCUCUCCCUCUCCUUCUCAAACACACACACACACACACAACACACGUACAUAAAAGGGGUUCUUAAUGUACUCCGAGCUGCCAGAUGAUUAAGCUUUGUUCUUCAAUGACAGCCAGGGUAUGCGGUCAGCAGAAUAACAGCACCUCCAUCCUUACAGCCUUUCAGUAAUGACCUGAACGCUGAGAUUGGUCCUAAAUUGUGUCCACAGCGUGUGGCCAGACCUUCUAUGUUAAGAUUAGACACUGGGAUUCACACUGAAUUUCCAAGAUACGAUUGGAAACAUAAAUCAACAGGGCUGUUAAAAAUCAAAUAUCUUGUGAGGUACUUAAUGCGUUGACUUGAAAAUGUGACAGGGUUUUUUUGUGCACUUUUUAUCCACCACACUUUCUCCAUCUUAAUGAAGUAUGUGUGUUAUUAAAAUUGCAUAAAUGAAAUGUUUUGCACUUAUCUCACUGAAUUGUAUUGACAGUGCCCUCCAGAAUGAUUGGCAUUUGGUGCAGAUGACACAAAAGAUAAACAGACCAAGUAGCAAACUAUAUGCAAUAUACAUUUCCAUAUUCAAGUACUUUCUUUUUCUUCAAAAUUUGUUUAUGAGAACUGUUUUCUAAUUUCUUUAUCACUGAAAAAUAAAAUAAUUCCCAACAGAAUUGCUGCUGCUUAGGUAAUUAAAAUUGGUAUGCAUUAAUUUGAUGGGUGAUAAUUAAGGGAGAAUUGUAUCAUUGUCAGGUGGACUUCCAUGAGCUUUGCAUGAAUGCCAAAAACCCAACAGAGUGCCAACGAUUUUGUACUUAUCUUUUAAAAGAAGAAUUAAACUCAUGAUGCAAUAUGUCCCAUCUUUGUAAACAAAGGUUAUAGCUGAUUACUUGUUUUAUUUAUCUUACGUUGAGCUUGUCUUUACCAGGAGUGCCAACAAUUCUGAAUGCUAUGACACAAUGGAUCAAAAGUGACUCUGGGAUGAUAGAAGAAGAAAUAAAAGUCUUGAAAAAGU